AUGCUCAUCUCGUGUCCUCUCUCUAUCUCUCUUUCUCCCAACCUCAAACCAACAAAGAAGAGAGCAAAUUUUUAGUCUCUUCUUUCUCCAUAACAAUGGCAGCCUAUGGAAGCUUUCACCGAAUAUUCGAUAACCCAAGACAAGACAACUCUCCAAAGUCUUUUCUUGAUACUCUCUCCUCUUCUUCACCUUGGAACCCAAGCAAAGGCCUCCACGUCACCACCCACCACGACGAAACGCCGCCGCCGUUUACAGAGAUAUUCGGUGAGCUUCAUUUCAGAGAAUCAUCCCAUUCUUCUUACGAGAAAACCUCAGCCGAGAACAGCAGUCUCCAACUGUGUACGGAAGGAUUAGGGUCAGAGAGUUAUUACGACUUGGAAGAUGAAAAAGUCAACGUUAAUGUCAACGGUAACGGAGAAGAUCAUGAUGAAGAAGAGAGUAUUGAAGUGAAGGGUAAAAAAGAUAACGGAAGCAACGAUGAGGAGGAGUGGGAACCAAGAAGGAAGGAACGGAAAGAGUAUCCUCCGGCGAUGACUAGGAUGAGUUUCAAGACGUAUAGAAAAGAAGGGAGGCUUGUGUUGGAAGAAGUUAGGAUUCCGAGGAGAGAGUUUCUUCGAGCAAGCCGCGAAGAUGGUCGACUCAGGUUGAAGUUGGUUCAACCCGAGGACGACCAUGACGAAGAGGAAGAAACUGAGAAAGAUAAACAUGACGAUGAUGAAUAAUUUUGCGAUUUUGCAUAGAAUUGUAUCCAUUGGUCCGCAAGAAAAAUGUCAAUUAUGA